AAAAACAAUCAAUCCCAAAUCCAAUUCCAGUCACUCCUCGCUUUUCCAUUUCUUCUAAAACCCUCGAUAUCCAGAAACCCUAAAAUUCAAUCAAUCGAACCAAACCGAUAUCACAAAAAUGUCAUCUACGCUAUUAGAGCUAACACGAGCGGCUCACGAAGACACCGAGCGGCUCGAGAGACUAAUUGUGAAGGAUCUACAAAAAGAUCUGGCUACAACCAAGGACCGUCUUGCACGGAGCCACCGUGUUCGCCAUAUCAUUGAUCAAAUCACUUCUACAACUCACAAACUCGUUGAAAUCUAUGAAGAUCAAGACAAUUCGAGGAAAGAUGAAAUAGCUGCCUUGGGUGGACAAACUGCAUCGGGCACUAAUGUUUUCAGCGCAUUUUAUGACCGACUGAAAGAGAUUCGUGAGUACCAUAGGCGGCAUCCAUCAGCACGAGUUAUUGACACCAGUGAUGAAUCCGAGCAAUUACUUGAAGAGGAACCACAAAUUGAGUUCAGUGGAGAGGAAGCUUCUGGACGCUACCUAGAUCUGCAUGAGCUGUAUAAUGAUUACAUCAAUACUAAGUUUGGCAAGGAAUUCAUCAAGCAGUUUGACAAGCAAUUUGAUUAUUCCUCUUACCUUGAAGUGUUUUCACAACCACAUCUUAUCCCCCGAAAACUGAAAAUAUCAAGGCAAUACAGGGAAUAUCUCAGCAAAAUGAUAGAGUAUCUGGUGUAUUUCUUUGAGCGCACAGAGCCCCUGCAAGAUCUUGAUAGAAUAUUCUCAAAGGUUGUAUCAGAGUUUGAAGAGCAAUGGGAUGAUGGCAAAGUUGAUGGGUGGAAGGACGAGGCUCAAGAAAAUGGACAUGAUCCUGAACAGCAUGCUUCAAUUGAUCUGGACUACUAUAGUACAGUUGAGGAACUCAUCGAACUUGGUCCUGAGAAGCUGAAGGAGGCAUUGAGUGUCCUAGGAUUAAAGACAGGAGGUACUGUUCAACAGCGUGCCGAAAGGCUUUUUCUCACAAAGCACACCCCUCUUGAAAAGCUGGACAAAAAACACUUCGUUAAAGGUGCCCAAAGACCCCAACAGAAUGGGGUGGUUGCUACUUCACACCAAGAUGAUUCUAAAGAAAUUGCCCUCAUGGAGGCUAAGUUAGUGAAGCUAUGUGAACUCUUAUCUGAGAUAAUUACUCGAACCAAGGAGAACUGUGUGAACAAACAGGCUCAGCGAUACGAGGAAAUAGAUAGAGAGGAUGAGGAAGUACCUGAAGUGGAGAGUGACGAAGAUGACCAGCAGAUUUAUAAUCCUUUGAAAUUGCCAAUAAGUUGGGAUGGAAAACCUAUUCCAUAUUGGCUCUAUAAGCUUCAUGGUCUUGGUCAGGAGUUCAAGUGUGAAAUAUGUGGAAACUACAGUUACUGGGGGCGAAGAGCUUAUGAGCGGCAUUUCAAGGAAUUUCGACACCAAUAUGGUAUGCGUCGACUUGGCAUCCCCAACACCAAAAAUUUUAAUGAGAUUACAUCAAUAGAGGAAGCCCAAAAACUUUGGGAGAGAAUCAAAGAGAAGCAGGGGGUAAACAAGUGGCGACCGGAACUCGAGGAAGAAUAUGAAGAUAGAGAGGGAAAUAUUUACAACAAAAAGACGUACACCGAUCUCCAGCGCCAAGGCUUGAUAUGAUUCUCAAAGUGGAGAUUCGAAUUGUAUCUGGGUUGCAUUUUCUGUGAAUCUGUGUAACCUAUGUAUUGAAGUGAGAGGCUGCUAGCGUAAACUGAGUAACUUUUGGUCAAAGAUGUUAAAAUCUUUAUGCUUAUUUUCCGAGAGCUACAUGGUAGUAUUUAUUAUAAUGUUUAGAUCAUUGAUGCUGAUCAGUCAGUUUGUUAAAUCUUUCUUUUGUCACAUACAAGGAAGCCUGACCUCCAUCUCUGUUAUGCACACUAGUUAUCAUUUUGUGUUGGAGCAAAUGUAACAAGCUAUUCAGGUCCUUUGCCAACUCGUUCUGAGGUUUAAAUUAGAUGUAAUAAUAUCCUUCUGAAUGUCGACCUUUUUGCGUCA